GUAAUCAAAACACAAACGUCUACAACAGUUCUCAACAGCGAGUACUAGUCUAAACAUAAAAAUUGUUAAAAGAACUAGCAGCGCUAAUUAAAAGAAAAAGCUAUUCGAAAAAACGAAAUUUAAAAUGAAGUUUUUAAUUAUCAUCAGCUGUUUAAUAGCCUGCACUAUGGCUCAAUCGUAUUUGUAUCCAGUUCCCCUACAACAAUUGCAAACUCCCUUGUUGGUGGUUAAAACUCAACAGCAGCCAGGAUUACAGUUUUCGGAACAACAACAACAACCUAUUCAACAAUAUUUUACCCAAGAUACUUUGGGGCAAUAUUCUUACGGUUAUAGUGAGCCCUUGUCUACCAAGCAAGAGAUACGUACUUUAGAUGGUGUUACCACUGGUUCUUAUUCCUACAUUGAUGCUAAUAAUCUAUUACAAACUGUUGAUUAUAUAGCUGAUGACAAUGGUUUCCAUGUUGUAGCUACCAAUUUACCUAAAGAUUCACACGAAUUACCCCAAUCCGUACAGGAAACUUCAGAAGUUGCUGCUGCUCGAGCAGAACACUUGGCUGCUCACAAAGCUAUACUUGAAGGUAAUCCUUCGGCUUCUUCUAUUCUACCGAAACCAGUAGAGGAUACAACUGAAGUUGCCGAGGCUAAACGAGAAUUCUUUGCUCGUUAUUCUGCUGAACAAGAAAAACAAAAAUUGUUACAGAAAUCUGUUCUAUUAAGGAAUAAACCUAUUGCUGUGACUGCUCCACUCAGACCUGUUCAACCCACAGUGUCACCCUUAAAGAUAAAACCGGCGGAUAUAAAAAGUUCCUCUAACUUGAAAACUUAUCUUACUCCUGGUAUUGGAGGUUUUAGGUAUGGCUAUCAAAUUGCUGGUGCUAUUAAACCCACACAUUAUUAUUUGCCUGUGGCUUAAGAGUUGUAAGAAAAACAUUUUUAACUGAGUUGACUAUUUGUAUGUUAUGGAUGAAAAAUAAAUGUUAUUAAAGCUAAA